UUUAGCGAUGAAAUCAUCAAAGAAAUUGGACCAGAUUUGACUUGUUUAAUUUGGUUGAUGGAAAGUGGGAGCACUCAGGGUAGAUUGUCAAAAAAUUUAUCAAUAGUUGAAGGAGAAGAAUGCGACGCUAACAGCGAAAUAGGCACUAACACACCUGAAGCAUGCAUAGUUAAGGUAGAUGCCAGUGAUUCAAUUAUUACAAAUCGGGGAUUUUCCUAUUUUCGUGAAUGCAAACGUUUGGAAGAAUUAAAGAUGAAUUUUUGUGAUUUCUUCGGUGAUGAUGGAAUACGUGAAUUGGCCCUUGGGCGUCCAGCUUUGACAUUAAAAAAUAUAGAAAUAGUUUGUAAUCCGAUGUUAACUGAUUCAGCGGCUCAAUGGCUUGUUAAAUUAAGAGCAUUGCAACGUGCACAUUUUUAUUUUCUACCUUAUGUCGUUAAUCGUACUGCGAUGCUUCGUGUAUUAAGGUUAAAUUUGCCUAAAUGUAAAGUUACUUUUCCUGAACUAGGAAAAAUUGGAUAUGGUUAUGAAGAAUAA